AGCGUCAGUUUUCGUUGAACUAUGUGUCAUUUAAGACGUCUUUGGUGAUAUUAGAAUUGACCAAAUCGUGUAUUAGCUACAGAGGAUCAAAGGUAAUAGAACGAGCUAGAGUUAGCCGAAGGCAAUCUGUAAAAAGUUCAAUCUCUACAAGAUCAAGAUCUGUCUGCAUCCAAAACGAACGCCUUGAAGAUAUACACGCUCUAACAACCGAUAAACCACGCUGAAUAAACAUCAAAGCGUCAUUGUUCGCAUGCAAGCGUCGAACCGUGGCUGCACUGAAAUUGUGACGAUGUGUAUAUAUGCUAACUCAACUGGGAUCGGAUUUAUUUACGGAGAAACGUCGAGAAAGUACGGGAACAUGGGGGAACUCAAGGAUAUUAAAGUUGGAGGUUCGGAAGUAAGCUUGGAGCUGCCGAAAGAUGGUUCCCCUGUUGAGAGCUCCCGAAAACGGAAGCUCCGGAUAAAGAAACCGAGCGUCCACUUAUGCAGGAAGAUUACCUUCGUGACGAUUAGCACUUUCACCAUGCUCACAGCCCUAACGCUGAUCGUGAUCACGGUAGUGACAUCCCUAGCGACGAAGAUAUACGAUGUGGAGCAGUCAAGUCGGCUGGUCGGUAUGGUUGUGCUUGCCGUUACCGCUGCCAUCACAAUAUCGAUGCUCAUCUACUCUAACGUCGGCGUAUUCAAAAAGCGAAGCAAACCAUUGCACACGAUGCGAAUAGUCUUGAUAAUACUGGCUAUGAUUCAAGCACUGAUCGCGGGUCUUGCCGUCAAAAUGAGUACCAGAGACGCGGAAGGACUAUCUAAGUCCCUGGCGGACAGCUUCCUACUGGCCCAGGAAGAUAACUCGAGGCACGUGAAGCUCUGGGCUGCCACACAGCAUGAUUUAGCCUGCUGCGGUGUCUACAGUCCAGAAGAUUACAAAAACCCAAAGAUUCCUAAAUACUUCCCCCCCGAUGUCCCUAUCUCUUGCUGUCCCACUUACGACCCGCAGCGAUCUCCCCUGCUCCAGGAGAAAGAGAGAGAGCUCUGCAAAGCCCAGAGGGUCUACCACCCGGCCGGAUGCACGGACUUGGUCAUCAAGGCCUUCAGAGAUACGGCCUAUCUGGUGCUCGCUGUUACCAUCAAUCUGAUUAUGCUUGAGAUUUUGUGUGCGAUCUGUGGCUCGGUAAUUGUGGUAAAAAACAGAAAAAUCGAAAAGUGCGAAGAAGAAGCGGCACAGACGAAAUAAAAUCAUAAUAUAGCAUCCACGUUCACAAUCUUGAAAUAUGCAAUUGAGAUCACACAAAUAAGAGUUGCGAUCAACCUUCGCUAGAUGGAGCUUUAGCAUUAAAAAAAUGGUACUAGUUUGCCACACAGAAUAUUUGGUCAUGUUAAUGAAUAUACCUUUUUUAAGGAGAAAAUAAGUUUUCUAGAUGAUAAUAAUAUUUUUAAGAGUUUGUUUAAAACGUUAUAAUACCUCCUUCAAUAAAAAAAUGCAUAAUCCGUUUGCUAAAAAUUAAGACGGUUUAUUUAUUUCUAAGAGAAUUAAUUUCUUUUAAAAAAUUCAUAUUAAGAUAAUUUCUUUGCUCUGAUAAAUGAUAUAAGUAAAAGGAAUUUGAUCGUAAAA